GCGGCUGAGCGCAGGAAGCGGAAGUGGGUCGUGGGGCUGGGCCGUGCGCGAGGGCGGAAGCGGCUUCUCCCGGGAGCGCCGGCGUGCGGAUGGCGAGAUCCGGGAGCCGAGCCUCGGCCUCUGCGCGGCCGGCGGGGUCUGGAGGCCCCGGGCGGCCGCAGCAGCUGCAGGGGAAGCAGCGCUCGGCGCCGUGGCCCAGGCCGCGCGGCAAAGAAAAGAAGAAAGUGAAUUGCAAGCCCAAGAACCAGGAUGAGCAGGAAAUCCCUUUCCGGCUCCGAGAGAUUAUGCGGAGCCGCCAGGAGAUGAAAAACCCCGUCAGCAACAAGAAGCGGAAGAAAGAGGCCCAAGUGGCCUUCAGAAAGACGUUAGAGAAGGAAGCACAGGGAGUGGAUUCAGACAUCGCUGUCCCCAAGUUCAGGCAGAGGAAGUGGGAGUCCGAUGGGGCCUAUGUCCAGCGCAUGGAGCAGGAGGCCCAGCACGUGCUGUUCCUGAGCAAGAAUCAGGCUGACCGACAGCCCGAGGCGCAGGCGGCUCCCAAGAAGAAGUCGGAGGGGAAGAUGGCGUUCCAGAGGCGGCGACUGGACAAAGUCCGGCAGAGAAGGGAGGAAAAGGCAGCGGAGAGGCUGGAGCAGGAGCUGCUCCGAGACACGGUGAAGUUUGGUGAGGUCGCAUUGCAGCCCCCUGAGCUGACUGCCAAACCCAGGAUGAGCAUAAGCAGGGGCCGGCCCGGCAAGAAACCACUGAUGCUGCAGAUGCUCCUGAGCCCUGGCGGUGUGUCCCAGCCCUUGCCCGCCUCACUGGCCCGGCAGCGGAUCUUGGCGGAGGAGAGGGAGCGGGCCGUGCAGGCCUACAGAGCACUGAAGAAGCUGCGGCAGCGCCAGGGGACUCAGUCAGCCUGCCUCCCUUCCGGGAAAAAGCGAGAAACGCAUCUGUGAUAGCAAGGGACCAGAGCUGCCCACUGUGGGGGCUGGGGGGUGAUGAGCAGGUGGCCUGCAGACUAAAGUCCGUUUCCUGCAGACUAAAGUCCGUCCCUGGAUAUACCCUGGGAACCCGGAGCCUCGUGCACCAGCUCCCGGGUGCAGCUUCAGGUCUUGGCUCUAGUUCUUUCCCUCCCUAAAGAUUGCUCUUUCGUGAAUGACCACCCGCUGGGCCCCAUCACCUGUCCCCAUCCCCAAAGAUUGGGCCAGCGCCUGGUUGAGACAGCCAGCAUCAUUCCUGUGAGCCUAGCACUGCCCACAUCUUUGUUCUAAACACACAGGUCCAGGCUGAGAUACAACCCCAGGCCAAUCCUGUAAUCCUGUCCCCAAAGACCAAUUAACUGUAGAUACCUCUGACUUAGGUCAACUAAACCCAUCACAGGCUCCCCUGGGUUGAAGAGCAGCACAGCUGGAAGCAGGUGCCAAGCAGCAGGCCGGAGGGGAGUGGCCAGCAUCUAGACCACCUAGAUCUGCUCACGGAGCCACUGUUAACUGUCCGAGCAGGUGCAGCCCACUCAACGCUUUGGUCCACGUAUGGAGACUGGUGACACCAUCCACACUGAGAGGGCUCAAGUUUCAGGAAGCAUUUCUAACAGGUUUACAGUAAAUGCCAGGAGUUGGUUUUUGUUUUACGUUUUGUGGGGGUUCUCUCAUAGCUUAACUUGCUCCCUUUGACCAGUGGGAGACCUUGUGUCUUUGGACACUCAUCUGAGUGUUUCAGGUUCUCAGCACAGACCCAAGGUGUGCUUCCCGGGCCUGAGAUAAGGAGUUGGUGGUUUCUGGGAGGGGCCCUGGUUCCUUCUGGUGCGGCGCGGUGUUUAGAAAGCAAGAUCUGGGUUAGAGAAACGCUCCUCGAUGCGGGGAUGUCGUCGUUUCUACACCAUUUCAGCAAACAGGCCUUUGCGUGAAUCAAAAAACAGAUGUAACUUUAAAGUUCUGAGUUUAUAUUUGCUAUUAAAAUGUAAUAUUACA